UAAAGGUCUCGUUACCAGGCCAUAAAACUAUUAAAAAGAAAAAAAAUCAUCUGUGAUGUGAUUGUGUUGUAGAUUUUACGAAUAUUGAAUAUUCAAUAAUGAUAGAUUUUUAUAAUUUUAAUCCAAAGUACUGUUUAUCUGAAUAAAGCCUUACAGAUUAAUAGUUUUAUGUGUAGAAAUAUUUGUUUCUAUGAUAUAUUGUGGGUUUCUACUGUCUAACCAUUUGUGCCUUUGAUUAUUAAUUAAUGUCAAAAGAAAAAACUCGCGCGUUUUUCUAUUUUUAAAAUUUCUGCCUUCGGUGUCUCUUUGCACUUAAUAACCAACGUUUAAUAAUAAUAUUAAAAAUUGCUUUCCUAUUAAAUCUACUUUCUUAAAAUUAAAACGUGGUAAAGAUUGUAUUAUGAGUGGCGACGAUGUAACUAUAAUGGAGGUGGACGAAGUUGAACCUGCGACUUCAAAGACUGCUGCAUCAGUCUCGUUGAAAACCGCACAGUUGCCGUGGAUAGAAAAGUAUCGUCCUCAGAAAUUUUCAGACAUAGUUGGGAAUGAAGAUACCGUGUCACGGCUGGCUGUGUUUGCAAAGGCGGGCAACGCUCCUAACAUUAUAAUAGCCGGUCCGCCAGGUGUAGGCAAAACGACAACUAUUCUAUGCUUGGCACGAGCUCUGCUCGGAGUGGCUUUCAAAGACGCCGUGCUCGAGCUCAACGCAUCAAACGACCGCGGAAUUGAUGUAGUUAGAAAUAAAAUAAAGAUGUUUGCACAACAAAAGGUGACACUUCCCCCUGGACGACACAAGAUAGUGAUACUGGAUGAGGCAGACAGCAUGACUGAUGGAGCCCAGCAGGCUCUGCGACGGACAAUGGAGCUUUACUCGAGCACCACACGGUUCGCUCUUGCCGCUAACAACAGUGAGAAAAUUAUCGAACCUAUACAAUCGCGUUGUGCUGUGCUUCGUUACUCUAGGCUCACUGACUCACAGAUAUUAGCCAAGGUGGUAGAGGUGUGCGGGAAAGAAGGUCUCUCGUACACCGAGGAAGGGGUGUCGGCCGUGGUGUUCACGGCGCAGGGAGACCUGAGAGCCGCACUCAACAACCUGCAGUCCACGGCGCAGGGCUUCGGCCACGUCAGCCCCGAUCACGUGUUCAAGGUGUGCGAUGAGCCGCACCCGAUGCUCAUCCGCAAUAUGCUCGAAUCCUGCCUCAAGCGGGACAUACACGAGGCCUACAAGGUGAUAGCGAAGCUGGUGAAACUGGGCUACGCCGCGGAAGACAUCGUCGGUAACAUUUUCAGAGUAGCCAAGACGUUGGACGCGCCCGACGACGCCAAGCUGACGCUGAUCCGCGAGAUAGGGCUGACGCACAUGCGCGUGGCCGACGGCCUCUCCUCGCCGCUGCAGCUGGCCGCCCUGCUCGCGCGCAUGUGCCACGGCUCUUGAAAUUCUAACCGAAAGAGUAAAGAUUACAACCUUCA